AUCUGCUACGAGACGAGCAGAAUGUGAGUUCUACUAGUCAAAAGCUCUCUCUCAGGGGCAAUUGUAGGACAGAGAAGAAAGUGAAAAUUAAAACUGCGAGUAAAUUGGAGGACGAUGAGAUCGAAGAUGCUGCGUACGAUGAUAGGUUUCGUAGAACUUUCCGACAUCGAUUGAAGCUGAAUCCGUUUUCUUCUGUGUCUCUGUAAUUUCUUCCAAUUCCCCAAAUCCACUAGACUCGAAAAAUCUAUCUCAACAGAUAAUUCUUCAUGGGAGGCGAAGCAGCAGUGGGAGCACUUGCUCCAGGUUUUCGAUUCCACCCAACCGACGAAGAACUCGUUAGUUUCUAUCUUAAGCGUAAGGUCUGCGGGAAACCCUUUCGUUUCGAUGCAAUCUCGGAAGUCGAUCUUUACAAAUCUGAGCCAUGGGAUCUUCCAGGUCUGUCGAGGUUGAAGAGCAGAGACCUGGAAUGGUAUUUCUUUGGUGCCCUUGAUAAGAAGUAUGGGAAGAGUUCAAGGACAAAUCGCGCUACAGAGCAGGGCUACUGGAAGACGACCGGGAAGGACCGGCAGGUCCGACGGAACAAUCGGAUAGUCGGGAUGAAGAAGACACUCGUCUUCCAUAUUGGACGCGCCCCACAUGGCGAACGGACCAAUUGGGUCAUGCAUGAAUACAGGCUUGUCGACGGGGAGUUGGAGAAGAUGGGCUUCGCACAGGAUGCCUAUGUGCUGUGUAGAAUUUUCCAGAAAAGUGGUUCGGGACCUAAAAACGGAGAGCGUUACGGAGCUCCAUUGAUUGAGGAGGAAUGGGAUGAGGAUGCUUUAGAUGAAAACUUAUUGUUUCCAAAGGGUGAGACCGGGGAUGAUGCCUUCUGUGAUGUUGGAGAUGAAGAAUAUCUUCAGCCUGAUGACCUUGAGCAGAAUAUUGACAUGAUUCCGCCAUCUGAAAACAUUCCUUUCCCACUGAACUUUUAUUAUGGAGAUGGUUGCAACGACUUAGAGCAGGCUGGAGGCUUCCCUAUGGAUAACCAGAAUGUCUUUAUUGGCAGGGCUGGACAAGGUGACUUGCCGAAGCCGGCAGAGGAUCAAAAGUUCUUGGACUUCCCAGAACAAUAUCAGAUGGACCCCGCACCUAUCAAAGAUGAAUAUUUUGAAUUGAAUGAUUUUUUGAAUCCCGUGGAUGGCGAUUAUAUUGCUGAUAACCCAGUUAAUGAUGAAAUGAAAAGUUCCAAUGCUUCUGAUAAUUUCCCAGUUGAUGAUGGCACAUUCCUAGAAAUUAAGGACCUCCAAAACCCCGUUGAGGCAGUUCCAUCAGGACUGGAAAUGCUUGAUGAAUACCUUACAUACUUUGAUGCUGUCGACAAUGACUUGGUGUCAGGGCCUUUGGAUUCUUCUAAGAUCUUGGAGAGUGAAUAUCCCAUCUUGGACCAAUCUGCUUUCAACCAGACAGUGAAUAGUGGAACUGAAGAACUGGCAAUACCACAGCCCUCGAAUUCACUGGGUAGUGAAGUCGCAUCCUCUUCAAAGAAAAAAUCAGAUGACACAAAACUUGCAUCAGAUGCUCAAUGCGAGGAUGGUUGGGACAGUACCCUUGUCAAAGGGGUCAGUCGUAUGUUGGGUUCCAUCCCUGCUCCUCCAGCAUUUGCUGAAGAAUUCUGUACAAAAGAGGCAGCUUUGGGACAGAACUCGUCGAUGCAGUCUCCCGGAUCAAUACAUGUUACUGCCGGGGUGAUACGUAUAAGCGACAUGACAUUCAGAGGCAGUGGAAAGGACUGGUCAUUGUACAAGGUUGAAGAUUUGGGUCUCCUCAUUUCCUAUGGCAUGACAAGGGGUGAUGUAAUGGCUACUGAACAGCUGAUGAGCCACUCCGUUGGUUUUGAACCUCUGGCUAAUCUACUCUCAGGUAAGGCAGGAUCCCUGAUGAUGCGAAGCAUGUUCUACCUAUUCUUCUUCUGGGUUCUGAUUCUUUCAGUGAGCUACAAAAUUGGAUGCUGCUUCUAUACAAAGUAAUGCAGGCUGGAUCAUUUACUUAAUCACUCACAAAUUAUUCAUAAGGGAAAACAAAAAAAUAACCCUUAAUGGGACCAUUUAAUUACAGUAUUAUUUUAUUAGUUGUUGGACAAAGAAUAGUGUCCUAGGUAAGGUUAUGACAGGAUAUGCUCAUUAAUAGGUAAUGCACUUGAUUUGUUUCCUGA